GCACAAGAUGGCGCCACUAUCAAUGACAUUGCGGUGGCUCGAAUGUAUUUUACAGGAAAGAGGCUGAGGUUAAGUCUGCGCAGUCUUUCAAGCUGAAAUAAUAAGCCGCCAAAUCAUAUAUAGUGAAGAAUAACUUAAUGUAGCAGUUAGAGGUAGCCCCAUUUUGGUGAAACAACUGGGGAAAACAGUGGAAGCUAAGUGUAGCUAACCUCAGUCUUCAGCAGGAUUUGCUGUUUAAGCUAGUUAGUGGUCAAAGGUCAAAGACCCCAUACGAAAACAGUUAAACUUACAACCUGUUGAGUUACAUUAAUGCCGUUGUUUUCUUCAAUUAAUACACAGUAGCAUUUGGUGUAAAAACAAAAAAAGUAGAUUUUAAAAAGCAAGAAGCUGACAUCACUUGUAUCUGUGUUGUUCAGCCAUGGCAACAAACUGUUGGUGGAUACAGUAACGUUCAUUUAGGUGACGUUAGCCGUUGGCUGUGGACAAAGAUGGACGCACGAAACCACCAGCCAACUUCAAAUGAGCCCCAGCAGCGACUUCAAGCUCUGACAGAAGAAAAUUUGCUGCUGCGUGACAAAACUGAGCGCCUCUUCACCAAAGUGGGCUACCUGGAGAGCAGACUGGGCCAGCUGGCCAGCUCCAGCACGGAUCUGUCCUGCAGGCUGGUCCAGAGUGAAGAGGAAAAGCUGAUGAUUUCUAAAGAACUUGUGGAAGAGAAAAUUCAAGCAAAUAAGAUGAGAGAGCGGUUUGAGGAAGAGAUGUUUGAGCUGAAAAAUAAGAUAUUGAACCAAGACAGUGUAAUAACUGAGCUGGAGAUGGAGCGAGGAAAGAUGCUGAGGGAACUCCAGUCGGCCGAGGCUCUUCUGAAAGCAGGAGAGAAGAGCGGCCGAGUCCUGACAGAGGAGAAUGCAACGCUGAAGAAGAACAACCAGGCUCUGGCUAAGGCCCAUGACAAAGAGCUGGCCCAGAGCGAGGAGCUGAGUGCUGAGCUGCUGGUACUGGCCCAGGCUCAGGAUGCCCUCCGUGGGCAGCUUGCGGAGCAGCAGCAGAGCGUGAGGUCAACCACCCAGGGCCUGCAGGGUGAGCUGGACAGGGUGCGGGCCCUGAUCAGCCGCAUGUCACAUGACAGAGUCAAGCGUGAGGAUCUGGCAGCGUUGGACAAGGAGCAGAAAACUAUGGAAAAAACUCUACUUGGAAACCAAGAUGAGAUCAAAGACAUGCUGGAGAAAAUGAGGAACAGCUACGAGGAGCAGCAGAAGAAACUGGAGGAGAGAGUGGUUGCAAUGGGUAAAGAGCACCAGGAAAACAAGAGGGCGAUCCGUAAUAGCCAGAUGGAACUCUCAGAGCAGAGUGCGGUCCUGAUGUGCUGUCAGAGCCAAGUGAAGGAGGCAGAACAAGAGAACUCAAAGCUGCAGCUUCAAGUCAAAGAGCUGAAUGAGGAAUACCGCGCGAGGCUCGUGUGCUAUUUGCGGGACAUAGCUGAGUACAUUGAUGGACUUAGAGAAGGAAAACGCCCCUCAGAGACCUCUAAGAUGAGGGCGUUUGUGGACAGCAUGCUCCAGGAUGUUCGCUCCUCCUACAGGCUCAGGGAGGAACAGCUCGCCUCUGCUGCUCGUUCAUACAAGAGGAGACUCCAGAAGAUCAUCAUGAUUCAUCAUGCUCUGCUUAUUGCAUACAGGGUUCAGAGGGAGCAGAUCUUGGCAAAACCAGAGAACCGUCUUGAUCCUGGACCCCCAGAAGCCCAUUUCAGCCUGGAGCCCACUGAGCUCAGAGAUGAAACGGCGAAGGAGCUCCAGAACCUUCGCCAGGACAAGGCGAGGCUAGAAGCUCAGCUGGAGGCGGCCCUGGGGCAGGUGGCUCUCCUCAAAAUGCCUGUUCAAAAUGUAAGCCAUCAGGAGCCGGCAAAACUGGAGCAGAUAUGCGAGGAAUCCUGGUCGGACAUACGCAAACAGCUGAGGGAGAUCACAGGCUCUGCACUGGUUGGCUUUGAGAAAGAGCGUGCCCUCCUCAUCACCAGAGCAACAGUUGCUGAGGCGCAGGUGUUAGAGUUGCAGGACUAUAUCGACAAGCACCUGGGCAGGUAUAAAGAGGAGAUCUCACAUCUCUGCAGACUGCAUGGGACACAGGAGGCUGGGCGCUCCCAAAGUGCUCAUUCAUCACUCCAUUAAGAAAAGCCAUGAAAUCUGAAGCCCAGUCAAAUAAUCCAAUGUAACUUUAUAAUACAUUUUUAAAGUUUAAACCUAAUACUAAAUCUGAAAAUGGAAACAUAGUCCUAAAUAUGUCUUUCAGUGUAAUCGUGCAUGAAUCUAUGCUUGUAAGCUGGUUUUAUUCAAAUUAAGACUUUUAAAAUGGAAACCAAUUUUAAAUCUG